AUUUUCAUCUCGUCUUCUUCUUCUUCUUCUUCUUUGGUUUUUCAUCUCCAAUGAGUUCUCCUUCUCGUCCUUGAAUUUUCUUCGAUUUACUCUUGCGUUUUUAUUUGGUUUUUGAUGUCUUUGCGUUGUCAGAAAUCUUGUUUUCUUUUGAUUUUUUCAUCCAAGUUUCAUUCUUUUUCAUCAUGGAUUGGUUUAAUAAUGGUUCUCUUCUAAUCUCUCAUGGAGUUCUUCAAUUCUAUAUGGAAUCUUCAUCUUGUUUGUCUCUGAUGCUUGGUGAACGAUAAAAAUUGGUUUUUUUAGCUUAUAAAGUUUGGAUCUUUUGCUUGGAUUCGUUGGCGUUCGAUGGAUUCAGGCGCUGAGAAUGAGAGAGUGGAAGAGCUCUUGGCUCGUGUUAAUGGAUGCCAUAGAGAUUUCUUGAAGAGGUUUGGCAGUCAUGGUUGCGCUAAUGAGCGCCCGCAAGGUGUUCGUCAGAAUGCUGCAGAGGAGAUGGAGCUUAAUCUGGGGCUUUCUCUGGGAGGUUGCUUCGGUGUAGAGCCUAGAGAGAACAAGCUCGUUCGAUCAUCGUCGAUAGCUGCGCCUUCUAUGAUUCCGAGAAGCUAUGAACGUGAGUUCAGUGGUCUCUUGAGGGCGUCUUCAUUGCCAGCAGAGAACGAUGAGGAGGUGAGGAAGAGGAAGGAGUUGCAGUGCUUGAAGAGAUUGGAAGCCAAGAGGAAGAGAACGGAGAAGAGGAAUUCAAGGAUAGAAGGUUUGGGUGAGGAUUUGAAUGGGAACCAAACAAAGGUCAAUGGUUUGAAUGGAGUUCAUAGCCAUGGGUUCAUGGGGUUGAAGAAUGGGACUAAUGGUUGGGCAAUGGGAGGUGUGGGAGCAGUGCAGAGCCACAGGCCAUUGUCACAGGGUUCCGGUGGAUCGCAGGGGAGUGGGUCCUCAGGCUUGUCGGACUCUGGAAGCCCGGCACCUGUGAAAGGGUUUGAGAUCCCGAGGAUGAAUGGAUCAUCAGAAGACAGGAACCCCUCGAACGAGUGUUCACUGCCGGAGAGUGCCAACCAUAAGGUGUCAAGCACUCCUCAGCUGCCUAUACUGAAAGGCCAAAACUCUGGAGACCUGUCAAAGAAGAUGACAGCGGCAUCGAUCAAUGGAAGAUCAGCGAGAGACAUUGAGCGGACCAUGAUGGAGGAAAUGCCAUGCGUGACGACUAAAGGCGAUGGUCCAAACGGCCGGAGGAUUGAAGGGUUCCUUUACAGGUACAGGAAGGGGGAAGAAGUGAGGAUUGUAUGUGUGUGUCAUGGUAGUUUCCUCACACCGGCAGAGUUCGUCCGACAUGCCGGAGGCGGUGAUGUGGCUCACCCGCUCAGACACAUUGUUGUGAACCCCUCUCCGGCGGCGUUCUUCUGAAAUGCUGAAAUCUAGUGUGACUUUUCUUGGCUAUAAUAUUAUCCGUGCAAAGUCACUGAACAUUUUCAAUAGUAACCGAAGUGACAUAACAAAUGUUCUCUUCUUGAAUCUCAAUUGAAUUUUGGUUCUUUGCUCUUUA